AUGCCGUCUUUGCUUGGCCUUCCGUUGGAACUCCUAGUCCAAAUCGUAGAAGAAACGAUUCCGGCGGAUUUUGAAGCCACAGCCCUGUCUUGUAAAACUCUAUUUGCUGCCAGCACCCCUUUCCGAGCGCGAUAUGCUACCCAACGGAAACGCUUUCGAAACUUUACAUUUUCGCGAAAGAUUGAUCAAAACCUGGAAGGGGCAGAGAAAUCUGACUCAGACGAAUGUUGGGAUGAAAUUACCCAAGAAACAGGUAUCCGGAUCAUGACCACGCGAGAGCUAUUGGAACACAUUGCUCUGGAUCACUCUGUGGCGCAAUAUAUACAAUCCGUUGACCUGAGAGGGCAUGCAGAUGUAGAGGAAGAUGAAGAGGUAUCAAAUUCGCUGGAAGCCGAGGUACCUGAGACUCUCAAGAACUUGGUGCUCACAUCGCCCUUCAUUGAAGCAUUUGGGGGGCACCCAGAUGAUUGGAUUGGGCAAAUCAAAUGGUCCGAAAUAUAUGCAGACGUCUUCCUUUUGACCCUGCUAUUGCAAGUACGAAAAGUGGCUUUACAUCCACGUUGGGAUGAGCUAAAUCCUUUUAAUAAGCGUAAUGCUUUGACCAACGAACGUCUAUGGCCGGUGCUCAAGCUGAUUACGCACCGGGCCAAUCAUGCCGACGAAUUUCCCAAUGCGCCGUUGUCCAUGCUCUCCAUUGUACAGCCAUCCCGUGACAUCGGCUAUGAAGAGAGAUCUCCUCUGACACCAUUUGUACCAUUCCUGGCAAUCAAUUCCGUCUCCGAAGUCUCCCUGACUAGCUGCAUCUUCAAAGACGAUGGGUAUACUGGAAUCGUGUUUGACCCGUUGGUGGAAUUUUAUAGUACAAACUUGCGGAAACUGAUUUUGGAGUCAUGUGUCGCCGGCACGGAGGAGCUAUCACAGCUACUCUUGCGAAUUCCAAACCUGGAGAUCUUUGAGUUUUCUCACGAAACCAAGUGGCAUGGCUGCGGCCAUAACUGGCACAUUGGUGCAUUCCUGGAUACUGUGCAGAAUUUCUGCGCAAAGACACUCAAGAAAUUGUCAGUGACAAUAUUCACUCAUUUUGGUAAUAAAGGAGCCACUCUCAUGGACAUGACACGUUUUCGGAAAUUGGUUGAGCUUGAAUUGGACAUUGAUAUGCUGUGCGGUCCUGCGUAUAAUCCGUCGAUGAGAGAUUUGGAAUGGGAUGAAUUUGAGUCGGCUGGCAGUCCAGCCUGGCCCAAACUGAUUGAUAUGUUGCCAACAACCAUUGAAAGGCUCAACUUGUGUCUUAACACAUUCAAUGAUGACCAUCUGGAGUGCAUCGCUCAUUUAAUUGAGGGCCUUUCAGAUGCUCGGGUCGCAAAGCUGCCCCAUUUAAAUAAGUUGAGCCUUUCUGUGCGUAUGGAUUCAGGCUUGACGAUUCCGGACGUGGCACUUGAGCCUUUAAAUGCUGCGAAGAAAAGUGGUUUUUCAAUUCUGAAGCUUGGCACAUCCAUUCCUCUUCUAUAA